AUGGAACACGUGAGCUGGGUUCCUUUCCCCACUCAUCUCGAAGUCAUACUCCUUCCCCCCACCAAUAACCUCCCUCCGUCGUCUCUCCUCUCCAUCCCCCACAGCCCACGCAGCGAGCAGAUCACGGCCAGCGUCCCAACUCACACCCUCGUAUCCCUCCCUUUUCUUUCCCUCCCCCUCCGCCGCAGGCCGCACAUCGAGCAGAUCAAGGCGCUCUCGCUCAUAACGGCCAUCAAGACGCCGUACCUCCCAGACGGCCGCUUCGAUCUCGACGCGUACGACGAGCUGGUGCACCACCAGAUCGAGAACGGUGCAGAGGGGUUGAUCGUGGGCGGGACCACGGGCGAGGGGCACCUGAUGAGCUGGGACGAGCACGUGAUGCUGAUCGCGCACUCCGUGUACUGCUUCGGCAACAAGCUCAAGAUCGUGGGCAACACGGGCAGCAACAGCACGCGCGAGGCCAUGCAUGCGACCGAGCAGGGCUUCGCUGUGGGCAUGCACGCCGCGCUGCAGAUCAACCCUUACUACGGCAAGACGUCGCUGGACGGACUCAAGAGUCAUUUCGAUGUGGUGCUGCCCAUGGGCCCGGCCAUAGUGUACAAUGUGCCGGGCAGAACGGGGCAGGACAUUCCUCCCUCAGUCAUCGAGGCCAUUGCCACGCACGAGAACUUUGCCGGGGUGAAGGAGUGCGCAGGCAAUGAGCGCAUCCACGGGUACGCAGAGAAGGGCAUUGUGGCGUGGAGCGGCAACGAUGACCAGUUCCAUGAUGCCAAGUGGAACCACGGUGGGCAAGGCGUUAUCUCCGUCGUCAGCAAUCUUGUUCCAGGAAUCGUGAGCCAGCUGCUGAAGGGUCCGAAUCCAGAGCUGAACGCGAAAAUCGCUCCUCUAGUGAACUGGCUAUUUGUGGAGCCGAACCCCAUCGGCCUCAACACCGCACUGUGCCAGCUAGGGCUCGUCAGGCCUGUCUUCCGCCUGCCAUAUGUGCCGCUGAAUAAGGAGAGCCGGCAGAAGUUCGUGGACAUUGUGCAUGCGAUAGGGCUCGAGCACUUCCCAGGGGCCAAGGAUGUUCGGGUGUCUAUAGGUGCGGAUUCGUUUCUGGCCUCCACGGAACGAGUCGGAGUGAGAGCGGUGGUGCAUCAUGUGGGCGAUCUGGGGAAAACAGCGAGAGCGCUUCUCGCUCGAAGAGUUGAAGCAUCUCAACGACGUGCUUCAGAAACACACAAUCAUCAGCGAUGCGAACAAGGUUCGUUCGAGACAAGCCAUGUCGCAAUACGAGCAUCGCUCUUCAUGGAGCAGGGCGUGUGCGUGGUCUCUCUCUCAACCCGCCCACCCACUCACCUGCUGUACACAUGUUUGUGGAGCUGGGCGUAUUCGUGCUCUGGUCUUACUCUCAACCUUGCCUCCGGCCUCCCUCUUCCCGCUGUGCGCAGGUUCUUUGUGGAGCAGGGCGUAUUUGCGCAGUUCAUCCGCAUCAUGGCACUGGCCAAUCAGCCGUCGCCGCUGUGCGAGGGGGUCAUGGUGCAGCUGCUGCAGACGCUCAACCUCAUGAUCCAGAACCUUAAGAGCGAGAAAGCCAUAUACUACAUGUUCAGCAAGGAGCACAUCAACAACGUCAUCUCCUUCCCCUUUGACUUCUCCGACGAGGAGUUGCUCGCAUACUACAUCUCCUUCCUCAAAACGCUGAGCAUGAAGCUGGACAAGUCAACCAUCUCAUACUUCAUCGUGGAAAAGGAGGAUGGCAGCAGCGCCUUCCCUCUGUAUGUGGAGGCAAUUCGUUUCUUCCACCACGAGGAGAGCAUGGUCCGCAUCGCCGUGCGCACUCUCACCCUCACCAUCUACAAUGUGCAUGACGAGCGUGCAAACCGCUUUGUGCUGAGUCCGUCAGCCAUCCGGUACUUUGAGGACCUCGCCAUCUUCGUGCGCCAGCAGAGCUUCACACUCGCCCGCCUCGUUGCCAACGCUGUCAGGAACUUUGGGUCGAUAGUGGAUGUAGGGCGAGUGGAGGCGUCAAUAGCAGAGAUAGGCGAUCUGCUGUACUACUGCAACGACGUCAUGAGUGCCGGCAUCCCGCAGCUCUCAGAGGUCGUCUCAGAGCACCUCCUCAGCAUCUGGGUCUUCCCUGUGCUGCUUGCCUCGCUCUCCCCCGAAUCCGGCUCGCCCAAUGCCAAGCGCAUAUCGCCGCUGUGCGCCAUGUAUCUGCUGUCGCGUGUGCUGCACGUGGUGACGUACCGCCCCUUCCUCGACACCGCCACUCGCUCCAUCGCCGCCUCCCUUUCCGCCAGCCCUGCUGGCUCUGACGGGGUGCUGCCGCAGCUACCUCCAGUCCCCCCUCCAGUCGCCUCAGCAGCAGAAGGGAGGGAUGGAGGGGGGAGUGCAGCAGCAGCAGACAGGGCAGAGGGGAAGAAAGCCAAGUGGCCACUGUCAGCAAGGCGUGAAGAUGCGGACUCGCCUGGGGGUUCCUUCUCAGAGGUCCAGGACGGGAGGGACAGCAGAGAUGGGGGCGGUGAGGAAGCAGGGGAGAAAGGAGGUGAGAGAGUAGGGGAGGCGAGGGAAAUUGCAGCAGCAGCGGACGCGCCGAAUGGUUAUGUUGCUGGAAGAGAGGAGGGAGAAGGCAAGCAUGGGGAAGAUAAGGGAACUGGAGACGAUGGGAAUCGCAGUGGUGGUAGGAGCGGUGUUGUGCGGUCAGCAUCGGCACGAGACAGGCCGGCUCUGUCGGCUCGCAGGCACCUAAGGACCCAGAGCAGUGGCAGCAGCAGGAGCCUUACCGAUUCACCCCUGCGCAACAAGAUCUCAGACUCCCCGCAGCCGAAUGAGAGCUCGGAUUCGCCGCAGAGGAGCUUCAGCUCGCCCCACAGGAGCUCCCCGUACAGGAAGCAGCGCCAUGCGUCUGACACCAUCAUUCUCGACCUCGACCCCACCGCCAGCGCCUGGGACACAAUAGUGUCGUAUCUGCUGUGCAACAACGAGCGGUGGGUGCUGGCGUCACUCUGUGUGCUCUGCGGUCUGCUGCAGAACACAGCGGUGCACGACUCAUUACUGGAGGAGCUGGGCAUGCUGCCGUGCAACCGCCGCCACCGACGGCUCCUUGUGGAGGCUUUGGUGGGCAACCAAUCAGAGGAGCAGCUGAAGCGACUGCUGAGGCGGCAGGACAGUGAUGCAGUGGAGGGGGGGAAGCAAGCAGAGGCAGGGCGGGGCGGAGGGGGAGCAGGAGAAAGUGCGGAGGCCGGCAGGGAGGCUGAUAGGCUGUCACAUGGGGCAGCAGAGGCACCAUUGGGAUCAGGAGGAGAUGCGGCUGUGGCACCAGCACCAGCAGCAGGUUCUGAUGCCGGCUCUGUGUCUGGAUCAUCUGUAGCAGCUAGGGCGGAGUUGAGAGGUGACAGUAGCAGGGGCAUCUCCAUUCAGGUGUUCAACGUGUGGGUGCGGUGGGGCAGACACCCCGUCAUCAAAACAGCACAACAGAAAGAGACGACAGGGUGGUGGCAUGAUGACAUGUUCACACGACCAAUGGAUGGUGGUAGGAUGCCAUGCUUACAUGAUGAUGUCUCGACCUUAUCCCCUCCCCCCACCCCCCACGAUUCCCACCUCCAGCUGGUGGAUAUGGUGUUUGUGCUGCUGUGCAAGAGACCGCGUCUCUUUUGUCCCAUUUAUUUUACCCCUCUGCGCUCCCCACCUUCACCACCAGGUGGUGGAGACGGUGUUUGUGCUGUUGUGCAAGAGACCGUGGUGGACACGGUGUUUGUGCUGCUGUGCAAGAGACCGCCGCCCUCACCUGAAGCCCUGUGGCACGCGGGCUGGCUGCUGCGCCAGCUGCUGCCGUCCAGCCAUCGCCUGCAGUCAGCGCACAAGAAGCUGCUCACUCAUGCAUACGAGCUGGCACGUGGCGACCUGGUGGGGGAGCUGCUGGAAUGCUGGUGUGACAUGCUGCCUGCUGCUAUGGUGGAGGAGUGGAAAGCAUGCCGGAAAGCACUGGAAUCAGCCACGCUGGCCAACGACUCCUCUCUUGUCCUCAUGCCCAGCCUCCCUCCCCUCCUCACUGACGGUGACUCGUCUUCAGCAGCGUUUGGCGAGAGAAUGCGCACCGUGGUCAAGGUGUACGUAGCGUUGCAUCAGAUGAGAGCCACGCUGCUCGGCCUGCCUCUCCCAGACGUCCCUCCUCUCGCCACAGCAGCCCCUCCCCCUCUCGACGCCCGAUUCGGCCGCAAGGGCCUCAAUCUGCCACAGGCACAGGAAGGCACCGAGGUGCCUCUAGAGCCUGGCGACGCCAUCCCAUGCCGAGUGGCCUUCGAGCGAGGCAAGGAGAAGUACGUGCUGCUGCUGGUGGCCUCCUGUGCGGCCAACGGCUGGGUGCUGCUGGCAGAGCCGCCUGCUGGAAUGACAGCCAAGGCUGCUGUGGCCGAAGGGGCCACAGGGAUCGUCCGUGUUGUCGCUCCCCUCGCAGGCUGCCAGCCAUCACUCGACCCGAAGCACAAGCGCUGGCUGCAUCUGCGCAUCCGCUCGCCCCAGGCCCCGGCCUCCGAUGCUGGUACUCUCGCCUCUCGUUCCCCCAUGGGCUCGCGAGCCCGCACCAAACGCUUGGCGGAUGGGCGGUGGACGUUGGCGUUUUCAGACGAGGCUGCAUGCAAAUUUGCACAUCUAGCAGUGCGGGAGGAAUCGUAUGUGCAAGGGAAUGCUGUGCGAAGCAUGCUGCUUCCCCUGCUUGGAAAUGUUGAGCCUUUCCAGUUGCAGAGGGAAGAGCCAAAUUAA